GACGUUUAUAUGGAUACUUAAAGAAACAGCCAGACAGUUAAAUUGACAACCUCAACAUAUCACACAUCACUAUAUAUGAAUGACCUACAGCUUGAACGUGUCUGCGCCCCCCAUAGAUAACAAAAGAAGGAAACACACCAUUUGAAGUCUUAUUUAUUUUUGGUUUAAGACUGCUUAAGAGAGGUAUUUGUGUUUUAUAUUUAGCGCUUACGUUAGCGCCGGUUGAAGCAUGACAACGCCCACUCGUGAAACUCUAGAGAAGGCUCUGAAAAGUGAUGCCAAGCUUCAAGCAGCUGCAACACAAUUUGCCAAUGAGUUAGCUGGCGGCACCUACACCAUUGCCGACCUGGCCGAACAGCUGGGUUUUGCGUUGACCUCUGCGGACACCGAGGAACGCGUUGCCGGCACAAAUCUGUUGUCCGCUGUACUCAAUGCUCUGCCCGGCGAUGUCCUGAACUCCAAGCAGUUGGAAUUUCUAACGACUUUCUACACGGAUCGCCUGCGCGAUCAUCACAAUGUCAUGCCCGCCAUAAUUGUAGGCCUGAAUGCUCUGGUGCACAUGAAGCAGCUGCCAGCUGAGAGUGUGCCGCUCCUGUUGCAAGCGUUCUUCCAAUAUACGACCUGCCAGUCGCAGACGCGCGGCGACCGCACCAAGAUAUUCAAUAUGUUUAAGUACCUCACGGUGCAUUACCAGCCUGAACUUGUUAAGAUGGCCGGCGACUUUUUGUUUGGUCUGAUCAAUUCGAUUGAUGGAGAACGUGAUCCACGCAAUCUGGAUAUAAUUUUUAGUUUUAUGCCCGAGUUCAUAUCACAAUAUCCACUUUUACAUUUGGCCGAGGAGAUGUUUGAAAUCUUUGCCUGCUAUUUCCCCAUCGAUUUUAACCCUAGCAAGGAGGAUCCCGAGGCCAUAACACGCGAUGCUCUCGCCGAGAAGCUAACCCACUGCUUGGUGGCCAGCGAACAGUUUGCCGAAUGGACUGUGUCGUUGGCCGUGGAGAAGCUGGACAGCGAGCUAGUUGUGGCCAAAUUGGAUUCCAUUGAGUUGCUGCAUCAAGCGGCGCUCAAGUUCUCGCCCGCCGCACUGGAGCCCUAUUUUGCGCAAAUCUGGCAGGCAUUGAAGGCGGAAACCUUUCCUGGCUCUGACAAUGCUGAUGUGCUGAGAUGCGCUCUCAAAGCGCUCGCCGAGCUGCUUAAGAGCGCCGCCAAGGUGCCGAGCAUCAGCCACAACUAUCAGAGCAAUGUGCUGGGCGUGGUGCUGCCCCACUUGAGCGAUGUCCACCAUCGCCUCUUUCAUCCGGCCACUGCCAUAGCUCUGAUGUGCGUCUCGGGCGAUGCGCCCUAUGCUGCCGACAAAAUUUUGAACACUUUUCUGCUUAAGCUGCAGACGAUAGAGUUGAGCAUGAAGACCAGCGAGGAGCGCAUCAAAUUCUAUCACAUCAUCAGUCAGGUUUAUAAGCUGGCCGCACUGCGGGACUCGCUGACAAAGCUGGACAAGGCCAUACUGCUGCCGUUGCAGGACGAUGUCAUCGCGGCGCUGCGUCUGUGCGAGCGCGACGAUUUCGAUGCCAAGCAGGAGGACUUGGAGCUGCAAACGGCAGCUCUGUCAGUGCUCUGCGAAUGUGUGCCAGUGCUGAGCGAGGCGCAGCGGGCGCUGGUCUACAAGGCACUCGUGCAGCUAAUUAGCCAUCCGUACAUCGAUCUGGACUUUAAGCUGUUGACUGUCAACCUGGGCGCUCUGCAUCCCGUGGAGCUGCAGUCCUCCUUUAUAGACAUAUGCAUACGAAACUUUGACAUAUUCUCAGAGUUCAUCAAACGUAAAAUCUACUCAAAUCUGCUGCCCCUGCUGCCUCAGAUCGCGUUUACGCAGCGCAUUCUCGAUCUGGUCAUGAAGGAAGUAUUCACGCCUACGGUCACCGAACCUGGACGCCUCUUGGCCCUGGAAGCGCUCUCAACGCUGCUCAACCAGGAGGAACAACGCUUCAUCGUGGAGCUGCAGCAGCAAUCAAAUCUGUUGCACCAGCUUAUUGAAUUGGCGCGUAAUACGCCCGCCUUGCCGCUGGCAUCGCUGGAGCUGAUCGCCGCCGCGCUGAGUCGCAUCAUGCAGCAGCUGCCACUCUCCGAGCAGAGCGCGAUUGUCAGCGAGUAUCUGCCGACGCUGGAUCUGCAGGAGGCGGCACAGCUGUACGUGGCCAGGGGUCUGCUAGGCUAUCUGCACAAGGAUAUUGCUCUCGAUGAUCAUUUCGAGCGCCUGCUGGACGAUCUCACCAAGCUGUCGCUGAGCUCUGACAAUGAACAGCUGCGCACCAUUGCGCAUCAUUUGCUCUGCAGCCUGGUGAACAAAAUGGACAACACUAAAGAGAAUCGCAGCCAAGUGAAACGCAUCAUACAUCAGCUAAAGGAAGCCAUCAAAUCAGGUGACCAGCGAGCCGUUCACUUGCUCGCCUGGCUGGCCAAGGGUUUAGUGGUGGCCGGUUUCGAGGAGGCUGCCGAAAUUAUAACUGAUCUAACGGAUCUGCUGGAGCAUCCCACACUGUGCACCGCCGCUGCCUUGGCCUUUGACGUUAUUGCUGCCGAGUUCCCGGAAUUGGAUUUGCCGGUUGUGAAAUUCUUGUACAAGCAAAAGUUCUUCCACACCAUCAUGAACAAGCUGGGCAGCAAGCUAUCCAACUACUGUGAGCACCACAUGAAGGCGUUCAUCUAUGUGCUAAAGGCUACGCCCCACUCGGUGAUUAGGCUAAACAUCAAGCAGCUGGGUCCGCUGCUCUUCAAGACUUUAGACGCGCAAAGCGAUGGACAGUUCCUUUGCAUAGCACUGAACAUAUGCAAUAACUUUGUGAAGCAGCAGGAUGCGUAUUUCCAGGCACAUCUCGGACACAUAAUACCCAGCUGCCUAGAGCUGUCCAAGCAAAAGACUCAACCAAACAUGCAAGUGCGGAUCGCAGCGCUGCAGCUGCUCUAUGACAUAACCAAGUAUCCGACUUAUGUGCUGCUGCCCCACAAGGUGGACGUGACUCUGGCCCUGGCUGCCGCUCUGGACGAUCCGAAGCGUUUGGUGCGUAAUGCGGCCGUGAAAGCACGCAACGCUUGGUAUUUGGUGGGCGCACCCAGCGGGGAUUAGCGAUACGAUGAUAAGCAAAUUGUUGUUAGCACUUUGAUUCAAUUGACAACGAAACCCAAACACGCACAAUUGUUAAAUACUA